AUGGUCAGGAGGCUCAGGGAGAGCCUGGAGCCAGGGGCCUGGAGGCGGAGGAGGAAGAUGCACAGUCGUGGGGGCAGCACUGAGGCCAAUAAAAGUCUGAAGGACGAAUUCAGCCUUGAAUCUACCUACAGCUGCUUCCAGCCCUCCCCAGAGAAUGUGGACCCCACCACAGAGCUCCACAUUCAGAGGCUGAAGGUGAUGACAGUGGCUCAGGACCUGGCUCAGCACCUGGGCUUCUGCGAGGUACCUUCCCAGAAGGAACACUCUUCCCAAGAAGGCACUUCCGCCACAACUGUUCCACACAACACUACAGUGCAGACCACCCCUACUGACACACACUCACCUUUGACCACUACUGCUGACGCCACCACAUCUGUAUCAACUCCUACUUCUGCAGGUACAUCUGCAACAACUGAUGCUGACACCACAACACCAGCACCCGCUUCUACUGAGCCUGUCCCGCUUACUACCACUACUGAAGGCACUUCCGCCACAACUGUUCCACACAACACUACAGUGCAGACCACCCCUACUGACACACACUCACCUUUGACCACUACUGCUGACGCCACCACAUCUGUAUCAACUCCUACUUCUGCAGUGCAGACCACCCCUACUGACACACACUCACCUUUGACCACUACUGCUGACGCCACCACAUCUGUAUCAACUCCUACUUCUGCAGGUACAUCUGCAACAACUGAUGCUGACACCACAACACCAGCACCCGCUUCUACUGAGCCUGUCCCGCUUACUACCACUACUGAAGACACAUCUGCAACAACUCUUACUGACACCACCACAUCAGCAACCACCUCUUCUGGGACCACCACACCUGCUACAACUACUGGUGAUACCAGCACAUCUGUGUCAACUUCUGCAGGAGCCGGGGAGACUCCUACAACAACUGGUACUGACUCCACCACACCAACAACCAUUCCGACCGAAAGCACCACACCUGCCACUACAAUUGUUCACACCGCAGGGGAGACUCCUACAACAACUGGUACUGACUCCACCACACCAACAACCAUUCCGACCGAAAGCACCACACCUGCCACUACAAUUGUUCACACCGGAGGCACUUCUGCAACUACUCUUCCUGAAUCCACCACACCUCAGGCUACCUCUACUUAUGCAAGCUCACCUUUUACCACCGUCGCUGACACCACAUCAUCUGAGUCACCUUCUACAGCAGGAGACACAUCUGCAACAACUCUUACUGACACCACCACAUCAGCAACCACCUCUUCUGGGACCACCACACCUGCUACAACUACUGGUGAUACCAGCACAUCUGUGUCAACUUCUGCAGGAGGUACUGCCACAACAACUCUUCCUGACACCACCACACCUCGGACUACCUCUACCGACUCACGCUCACCUUUUACAACUAUUGCUGAUACCUCCAACUCUGUGUCAACUACUACAGCAGGAGACUCAUCUAACACUGUUACUGACUCCAGUUCAUCAGCCUCCUCUCCUACUGAGACCGCCCCACCAGUUACCACUCUUGGUGGCACCACUACACCUGAGCCCACUUCUACAGAAGGCACUUCCACCACAACUGUUCCACACAACACUACAGUGCAGACCACCCCUACUGACACACACUCACCUUUGACCACUACUGCUGACGCCACCACAUCUGUAUCAACUCCUACUUCUGCAGGUACAUCUGCAACAACUGAUGCUGACACCACAACACCAACUACCUCUACUUAUGCAAGCUCACCUUUUACCACCGUCGCUGACACCACAUCAUCUGAGUCACCUUCUACAGCAGGAGACACAUCUGCAACAACUCUUACUGACACCACCACAUCAGCAACCACCUCUUCUGGGACCACCACACCUGCUACAACUACUGGUGAUACCAGCACAUCUGUGUCAACUUCUGCAGGAGGUACUGCCACAACAACUCUUCCUGACACCACCACACCUCGGACUACCUCUACCGACUCACGCUCACCUUUUACAACUAUUGCUGAUACCUCCAACUCUACUACCUCUACUUAUGCAAGCUCACCUUUUACCACCGUCGCUGACACCACAUCAUCUGAGUCACCUUCUACAGCAGGAGACACAUCUGCAACAACUCUUACUGACACCACCACAUCAGCAAACACCUCUUCUGGGACCACCACACCUGCUACAACUACUGGUGAUACCAGCACAUCUGUGUCAACUUCUGCAGGAGGUACUGCCACAACAACUCUUCCUGACACCACCACACCUCGGACUACCUCUACCGACUCGCGCUCACCUUUUACAACUAUUGCUGAUACCUCCAACUCUGUGUCAACUACUACAGCAGGAGACUCAUCUAACACUGUUACUGACUCCACCGGGGAGACUCCUACAACAACUGGUACUGACUCCACCACACCAACAACCAUUCCGGCCGAAAGCACCACACCUGCCACUACAAUUGUUCACACCGGAGGCACUUCUGCAACUACUCUUCCUGAAUCCACCACACCUCAGACUACCUCUACUUAUGCAAGCUCACCUUUUACCACCGUCGCUGACACCACAUCAUCUGAGUCACCUUCUACAGCAGGAGACACAUCUGCAACAACUCUUACUGACACCACCACAUCAGCAACCACCUCUUCUGGGACCACCACACCUGCUACAACUACUGGUGAUACCAGCACAUCUGUGUCAACUUCUGCAGGAGGUACUGCCACAACAACUCUUCCUGACACCACCACACCUCGGACUACCUCUACCGACUCACGCUCACCUUUUACAACUAUUGCUGAUACCUCCAACUCUGUCUCCAACAAGCACGAUAAAACCUGGCACACCAAGUACUAUUUCCACCACAUUAUCCAUCACUACUUCCCUCACUACCUCUUCCACAACUACACCGAAGACCAACCCCACCACAACCUCUAG